CAAAAUGAAAGUAUUAGCUUUAAUUAUUUUUGUUACAUUUUCCCUCUGUUUGUUGGCAUUUGUUUCUUAUACAGUUCAAAAUGACAUUGAAGAUAGGAGAGGAACAUAUAUUUCAUAUAAAAACAUUGCUCUUGGAAAGGGAUUUGAAAGGCUAUUUUGGUUUGUUCAGGUGACAGACAUCCAUGUAAGUCGUUACAGAGGCCUUGAUAGAGCACCAGAGUUGAAGAAAUUCUGUGAUACUCAUUUAGCUUUAAUUAAACCAAAGUUUGUUAUAGCCAGUGGUGAUUUGACUGAUGCUAAGUUCAAUGAUUUGAAGGGUUCUAAGCAGUUUAUAGAUGAGUGGCAGACCUAUCAUAAUACUAUUAAACAUUGUCAGGAUAUUGUCAACGUUUGGCUGGACCUACGAGGAAACCAUGAUGCAUUUGACACACCUGAUUUAGAUCACAGGGACAACUUAUUUAGGCAAUAUUCAUCCCAGGGAAAGGACCAUAGUAGCUCAUACAUAUACCACCACACAGAGACAUUUGGCAAAUACUCAAUAGUUGCUGUAGAUGCUAGCCCUAAUCCUGGUCCUAAACGCCCCUUCAACUUUUUUGGUUAUAUAAAAUCUGAUGGUGAGAAGAUGAUAGAGAAUUAUUUAAAUGAAAGCAGGACAAGUAACAUGACAAUAGCAUUUGGACAUUAUCCUACUUCUCUGAUAGCCACACAGACUGGUAAUAAUAUCAGACAUAUAUUAAGAAAUGUGACAGCAUACCUUUGUGGACACCUGCACACCUUGGCAAGAAUUGUACCUAAUAUGUAUGCCAGACAUAAGACAGGAAUGUUAGAGCUUGAACUAGGAGACUGGAGAGAUGAAAGAUUGUAUCGUAUACUAGCAGUUGACCAUGAUAUGUUAUCUAUUGUUGAUGCUGUAAAGGACAAAUGGCCUGUUGUCAUGGUAACUAAUCCUAAAGAAGCUUCACUGAUAGCACCCCUUCAUGAACCAUUAUAUCUUAUGAAUCAAUCUACACAUAUCAGGAUACUGGUGUUUACUAAUGGAAAUGUGAACAAUAUUGAGGUAUAUAUAGAUGAUAAACAUCAGGGAAAAGCUCAACAUUCUGAUGGUCCACUGUUUGUGUUACCAUGGCAACCAUCUCUUCUCUCUCCUGGUGUGCAUUCUAUCAGAGUUGUUGUUCAAGAUUCUGUGAAUGGGCGUCAUGUUACACAACAAUCAUUUUCUCUAGAUGAGACCAGUCCAUUACUGCCAUUUAAAGGCAGAUUUAUAUUGAUGAUGGACAUUGCUGCAGUGGCACAAACAGUUUUCUUCUUGACUGUGACGGUGUAUGUAUUUGUCCUGAUAUUGUUAAGAAAGUGCAAUAAUAUAAGAUCUCAUCUGUUUACAGUGCAAGGAAGAAUAUAUGAUCCAUUGUUAAAGUUUUAUAACAAUUGGUUACACAGGGUAUGGUUAGUUACUCAAACAACUAAAUUAUUCUACAGUGUUGUAGGAGCUGCAUUAUAUGUCACAUUUGGUCCAUGGCUUAUUGGAGAGAUUUUAGAAGGUCAUACUGGUAUAGUGUUUGUAUGGGGCAUGUUUGUUAAUGGCAGUUACCUCCCUGUAUGUCUCACAUAUUUCUACGGUCUAUUUCAGUUGAUCACUUUCAACAUACCAUUGACAAUGUGUCUAGGAUACAAUCUGCAUUAUUUACAAGGAGGACACAAGAGGAAGAGUUUCUGUCAUAGAGCCAGACACAUUUACUUCCCUUUUCUAUCUCUCCUUGUUUUCCAGACUUAUAUAGCACUUUCAGAGUUCCCUGCAGCUUAUGGUACAAGAGCUUUAGUCCUAGGGCCAGUAAGAACAGGAUCUGUGAUAUUGGCUGUAGUACUUUUCUUAAUAGCUAGAAAAACCAAUGUUAAUUCCCUUGUGUGUAGUCAUACCAACUGAACAAAGUCGUGUGAUAAUUUUGAUUUUAUUAUUAAUUUAUUACACUAGUAUAAAACAGCUUUGAGUUCACAAAGUGAAGAUGCCUGUAUAGUUUUUAUGCCACCACAGUAUCUGCGAUGCGGUGGCAUAUAGCGAUUCAUGUGUGUGUGUGUUUGUAUGUAUGUUUGUGUGUUCUAUAGAUUAUAUAUAGUGAACUUAAAAAAGCUUCUUGUGAAAAACCACUAGUCCAAUUUCAACCAAACUUGGCAGGAUUGAUCCUUGGGUGAAGGGCUUCCAAAGUUGUUCACAGAAUUUCAUUCCGUGCAGAAAUCUGGUUGCCAUGGCAACCAAAAUGAAUUAUAAGAAUAAAUUUAAAAAAUCUUCUUGUAAAGACCCACAGGGCCUAGAGCAUAGAUAUUUUGCAUAAGGCAUUGUCUGGUAGACCUCUAUCGAGAUUGUUCAAAUUAUAGCCCUGGGGUCAAAAUUGGCCCCGCCCUUGGGGUCUUUGUUUUUUACUAUAUGUACAUAUAGUAAAAACUUAAAAUACCUUCUUGUCUGAAGGUACAAGGCUUAUAGAUUUGAUAGUUGGUAUAUGAUAUCAUCUAUAGGUACUCUACCAAAGUUGUUCAAAUUUUGCCUCAAGCGUCAAAAUUAGCCCCGCCCUGGGGGUCAUAGGUUUUCCUUUUAUGUAUAUAGUAAAAUCUUAAAAAAAUCAUCUUCUCUCAAUUGACAAAUGCUAGAAGUUAGAUAUUUUGCAUGAUACAUUGUGUAGUGAACCAUUAGCAAGAUUGUUCAAAUUAUAGCCCUGGGGUCAAAAUUAGCCCUGCCCCGGGGUCAUUGGUUUUCACUAUGUACAUAUAGUAAAAAAAUCAAAAAUCUUAUUGUCUGAAGGUACAAGGCUUAGAGCUUUGAUAUUUGGUAUAUGAUAUCAUCUAUAGGUACUCUACCAAAGUUGUUCAAAUUUUGCCUCUAGUGUCAAAAUUAGCCCCGCCCUGGGGGCCAUAGGUUUUCCUCAUAUGUAUAUAGUAAAAACUUAAAAAAAAUCAUCUUCUCUAAAUUGACAAAUGCUAGAGGUUAGAUACUUUGCCUGAAACAUUGUGUAGUGAACCUCUAGCAAGAUUGUUCAAAUUAUAGCCCUGGGUCAAAAUUAGCCCCGCCUCGGGGGUCAUUGAUUUUCAGUCACUAUGUACAUAUAGUAAAAAAUUAAAAAUCUUAUUGUCUGAAGGUACAAGGCUUAGAGCUUUGAUGUUUGCUUUAUAAUAUCAAACAUAGGUCCUCUACCAAAGUUGUUCAAAUAUUGCCCCUGGUGUCAAAAUUCGCCCUGCCCGGGGGCAUUGAUUUUCAUUAUGUACACAUAGUAAAAACAGAAACUAAAACAAAUGUUUUCUGAAUUGGAGAAAGUUACAGCUUACAUAUUUGACAUGAAAUGUUGUUUGGUGGACCUGUAUCAAGAUUGUUUGAAUUAAACCCUUGGGUCAAAAUUUUUCCUUGCCUUAAGGGGACAGGGACUUUCUUGUCCUUUGAUGUACAUCCAUGAAAUUUGGACUAUGUGCAGAGUUUUAGUUGUAAAAUUGAACUUUGAUAUCAAGUGACCUAGAUUUUGAUGAUGUGACCUACAUGUACUUUCUUGUCCUUUGAUGUGCAGCUAUGAAAUUUGAACCAUGUGCACAGAUUAAGAUGUAAAGUGAACUUUGAUAUCAGCUGGCCUAGAUUUUGACCAAGUGUCUUACUGUGUUGUCCUUUGAUGUACAGUCAUGGAAUUUUGGCCAUGUAAAAUAUGACCUUCACCACCAAAUUCACAAGACUCAACUGCAUUGAUAGAUUCCUACUCUGAUCUUUUAUUUGAAUAACAAUAGAUUUAACUACUAAUCUGAUAAUAAGAAUUAGAUAGGUCAGUGAUCUAUGCACUAUGGCAAUCUUCAAUUGUAUAGAAACAAAAAAAAUCUGUUCCUACAUUACUAUUUAGUGUUGUACAUGUAUUAAUGCGGUGGCAUAGCAUUUUUCACAAAUGCAAUCUUGUUUUUACAUUUUGUAUUUUGAUUUUGCAAUUCCAACAUGAAAAAUCUGUAAUGCAGGAAUGUCAGAAUAAUACAUAAAUUUGUGCAAAUGGUCUUGAAAAAUAGAAGUUUGUAAAUAAGGUUAAAAAAAUAUAAUGCAGGAUUUUUUUUCUGGUCAUUUCAGGAACAUGGCCAGACCCCCAGAAUUUGGAAUCUUUACAAUUAUUAAUUUAGACAAAUUGUGCUAAAAACUGACAACAUAUUGCACACAUCAAAUAAGACAAAGAAAUCAAAUAUUUGGUGAAAUAAACUCGUUUUAUAUUUUACUCAUAAGCACAUAUUACAAUUUGGAUUGCAAGAUUACAUUUUUCUAUGGCCCAGUGGUGUUAAAUGUAACAAAGUGAAAAUAAUUAUUUUUUAUUUUUUCAUUCCUAGAAUUGAGAAUUUUCUUGAAAUUGGAGAAAACAUACUUUUUUGUUAUUGGGAACAUGAUCCAAUGUCAGUCAUCAAAAUGUGUAAUGUCUAAGCAGCCACAAGCAAUCAUUCAUUUUUGUCUGUAUGAUUUACUAUUAGACAUAUAUAGAUCCAUUAACUUACAAUGUCGAUAAUUUCAGCCUUACAUUGCACAAAGUUGUUGUUACUGUUGCACAAUGCAGAUAUUAUUUUCACAUUCCUUUGUUACACACAAUAUACUCAUUUCCAUACUUAUGACUCUUUGCAGCUUUAAAGUUCUAGCUCUGUUUAACGUUCUAGUUCUGUUUUAACUAAACCACUCUCCAUCCAUCGUCCAUUUGCUAUUUUAUUGCCCACCUCCCCAAUCCAAACCACCCUGAUCAUAGUUUACAUAAGGCUGUAUACAAAUAACUUUGCCAUGUCAUGCCCCAUCUUGUUAUUUUAUACAAUGUAUAUGAAAUCUGUAAAAGUUUUAAUUUAAAAUAUGUGUCAAAUCUAGUAGGCUAAUUUUCCUAACUCAUUUUAUUUUGACAAAUUAAAUACAUCUUUUUACUUACAUGUAGUAAUAUGUUGUGCAAUUGUUAUUUACUUUGAAAGCUUAUAGAUGUUAUCCUGUUUUGAAUAAAAUUAUAGUUAUGCCCCUUUUAUAAUUUCAUUUCUUAUGUUUUUAUGGGGCUCUGUCAAAGUUUGUUACCUGUUUCAAACCUGAUAUGAGAAUACAAAAUAUUUUCAUACUAUUUCAAUGUUGUCAUUCAUUUGGCCAUAGACAUUUUCUUUUUAAUUGUCUUUUAUCAAGCCAACUUUUGGGGUUAUGAAUUGCAUUCAGAGUAGUUCUAGUAUAUAAAUAUUGGUUGGGGGGGGGAUUUAAAAAAAAUUCUUUGAUGAACAUAUUAAAAAAGGGAGAUAUUUAGUAUAUAAACUCAUAAUAUUAUGUUCUUUAUACAUGUAUUGGCUUUAAUCAAAAUAAGUGGGGGUAUGGAUAUUGACCCUUGUAUUGAAGAAUGAAACAGUACACUGUAUAUAUUAACAUUAAAAAAAGCAUCAAAGUUAAAACAGUGAUCAAUAUGUACCAAAGGAUAUUAUUGACUCAGAGAGUAUUUUUGUGAUAGAUGUAGUUCAUAAUUAAAUGAAUGACUUCACUUAAUCCAUUUGAAAUUCAUGUGACUUAUUUAUUGUGUAAUAUCAUCAUAAUUUCACAGCACCAGCCACUGAAUCAUAUUUAUAUUGAUAUUUUCUAUGAAGAAAUUAUUAUAUAAAACAUCACUUGUGCAUAACCCAUGUUCAUAUAUUUAUCAGCUCAUCAGCUUUAUUGCUUUAAUAAAAUACAGACUGUGAAAUAUGGCUUUUAAUCAAUAAUUUACUUCUUUGAAUGGAUCAAUAGGUUUUUGAACUUUCUUAGAUGUUGACACCAAGGAUUUAUACAAUGCAAUAAGUUAUUAAUUUUCUUUAUUGGUUAGACAUGUUUUGAACUGCAUGAAAUGAAACUGUGGAACGAAAUCAUUCUUCAUGGUUUAUUGUCUUUUGUUAUAUUGCAUUGUCUACUCAUUGUAAGUAAAGUUGACGAAUAGUGUUCUAGUUUUUACAUCAUAUAUAUAUUUAGCAAUCUAACAUCUAUUGGAAAUGCAAUAGAAAUUCCCCAGUAACUAAUAUCUUAAAAUUAAGUGAAUGAUCAAAGUUUUUGUUUACAUAUUUUUUGUUGCUAAAGCACAUGAAAUACAUUUUGUUUGUAGCUUUUAUAAAGAAGAAACAAUCUUCUUUUUUCACCGAAUUCCAGAUACAGGGACUUAGUUUAAAUAUUCAGACAAAAAAAACCCAAAAAACAACAACCAAAAAUAAUACUUGUUUCUUUACCUUUAAUAGAAGAUAGCUGAUAGAUUUCCUUGUUAACGUAAGGUGCUUACACCUUAUUGAUGGCACAUACCGUAUUAAUUAAGUUAGUUAUUUUGUUAUUGAUAACAUAAAAAUGACAAUGUUAAGUUUUGUUUAGCACCAAUAUAAUGUAUUGAUCAAUGAGGAUAAUUAAAACACACAGAUUCUUCUAUCAUCAUGUAUGUUGCAGUAUUGUUACUAAAUAUUUCAUAAUUCAUUUAUAAGUAUUUCUUUAUUUUGAUUAAAGUUUUUAA